AAUAGUCAUGUGAACUAAGAGAACGUAGGCGUAAACGAUGGGAACAGUCAGUGAGAAUCUGAAAGGACUGAAAGCCGAAAGCGGGUUAUUAUUUAACUGAAGCCAUACAUUUCAACAUAUAAAACCAGAAUCUGUCAAAAAAUAUGGACAUUCCAGCCGUCGAUCUGAAGGUGAUCGUUCUGCUGCAUUGGAUGCUGUCCAUCUGGGUCAUCACAGCUUGGUUCCUCUUGAACUACGCAUGGGCGAACUGCACAAUGCUGGCUCUGGGCGUAUGGGCGGUCGCUCAGAAAGACUCUCUCGACGCAGUGGUCAUGUUCCUGUUCGGGAUGGCGCUGACCAUUCUGACAGACUCGGUGCAGCUUGGAUUGAACUACCCCGGUGACAAGGCCUCACAUGAGAUUCAGUUCAGCUUCAGCAUGGCCAUCAUUAGCCUGCUGCUGAAGCCAAUCUCCUGCUUCUGCAUUUACCGGACGUACCGGGCCAGGGGUGGCAGCUGCAGCAUUGGAAUCACAAUUGACUGCCAGAACCAGCAAUCCUACCAGUCCAUCGACCCAGCUUCCACCCAGUGAGGAGGACUGGGGCAGGAGGGGGUCACAAAGAGUGCCUGUGGGCACAUUCAUAUAUUUUUAUAUUUGAUUCUGCAGGCAGUAUGGAUUGACGUAAAUAUUUUGAUUGACACUUGCCUUAGAUGAAGGGGUGUGUCUGAAUACUGCAGUCAUAAGAAGUGUGAAAGUCUCGGUCUACGUAAAGGUGCCAAAAUGACUCAUUAGAAACAUCGAAUACAAGCAGAAUACAUAUUUAUCUGUAGUAAAUCGAUUUAUGGAUACCACUGUGUAUAUUACUUGUCACUUUCAACAUCUUUUCAUUUUAUCAGUACAAGCCUUUCUUUGCCUGCAGAAGGUGAUUUUUCAUGCAAAUUCUUUUGCAGUAAUUUGUAAAAAUGGUGUAAAUUGAAUGCUUGCAACAGGGUUGAAUUCAUUUUCAGGGAAACUCACCAUAUGAGUGAGAGGUAGGGUUAGGGGGAAACAUGUUUGAGUCUGUGGUCUCCUGGUGUAGCUGCCGCAGGCUUCUGGACCAUGAGUCUUCGAAGAAUAACAGGAGGGUUAUGCCCCCCCCCCAACAGGGGGCUCCUGACAGAUCUACCACCACAGCAACUGAUGCGUAAGUGGUAGAGAUUUCUGCUGAACUUCGUCUUGAUGUGUUUUCCCGAUGAUUCCCCAUUUAUUGUUAUAAUCUUCAUGAUGUCCAGCUUAUUCAUUUUUUGAGAGAUCUUAUGAGUUUGUCAUGCUAAGGAUGGGGCAGUGGUGGCUUAAUGGUUAGGGAAGCCCACUUGUGACUGAAAGGUUGCUGGUUUGAAUCCCUGACCAGUGAGCAAGGCUCCCAAGCACUGUCCCCCUUGGUGAUAAAUAAUAACUGUCCCCUGCUAUGUCACAUAUGGGUUAAACGCAGAGGACAUUUCAUUGUUGUGCACUGUGGUGUGUCAGCAACAACAAUUAAUCACUUCAUGGUAUGUUAGUGCUCUCUUGAGUUAUUCUGAGUUAAGUAUAAAUUAGCUGGAAACUUAAUGGUGUGUCCUAGACAAGGCUGUGACCUCCCCAAUAAAUUCUGCUAUCUAGGCAGAAUAUUAGGAGUUGGGCAACUUCCUAUGUGCAAAUAAAGUGUAUGUGUUUAAGAUGUUCUCACAAG